AAAUCUCAAAGCGGAACACCUUCUCUCCUAACUGCUCGGGCCAUGAGCGCGGUCCCCAUGGACUCUUCGGCGAUACUCGUCUGGAUACUGUACGCCAGCGUAGCGCUGGUACUUUUCCUCCUCAGUACGGCGCUUAUUCUCUACGCGCAGCCCAAGAACGGCGCGUCUUCGUCACUCGCAGCUUUCGCCGGCACCUCCACACUCAGUGCGGCGCCGCUCACCGUUUCUUCGCGCUUCGUCAACUGUGUCUGCAUUUUGGCGCUCUACGUGUCACUGCUGUGCCUAUUCACGGCCCCUGUGGACGUUUACUUACUCGAGAAUGCGCUACCACAUGUGCCAGCGAAUAUUCGGGCACUUCGAGUGAUGUACCAGGUAUAUUUUGCAGCCUUGGCGCUGUAUUCCUUCGUAGGCGCGCCACUGGCUUUCAAUUACGCCAAACAAACGGAAAUUGCACACUUGACGCUCAAGUUCUCUACCCGAGACCGACUAUAUGCCGCUACUAAGCGCACAGCGUGCUUCCUAUUAGGUCUUUCGUUCCUGCUGGUCAUGCUCAUGGUGGUACUGCUUUGCGGCAAGCCUGCUAACUCUGAUAUCGACUGGUUAAGGCCGUUACUCAAGUUUUCGUCGGAUCUAGAGACCUUUCUACGACUAUUAGUGGGCAUUUUGGCACUUACGGGAAUGUACCUUUGGCUGUUCGUAUGCAGUCGAGGAUUAGCUAGUGUGCCGUUGGUGGGGCUGCUGAUGGAAGACCAUAGCAUUGAUGAAAACAUGGCGACGUUUGAAGAUCUACUUCAAGAGAAUGCGAUGGAGACUCAAGCAACGAAACAAACAAGAGAGACAAUACUCCAGCGAUACGUAGUCGAACAGCAAAUGAGCGGAGCUGACCAGGAGCGAUUAUCGCAGUUAAAAACGCGUGAAAAGCUUCUGGAAGAACGUCGCGAGGUGCUGAAUGCCAAUCUACAGAAAUUCGCUCUAACCGGCAAGUUAUCUUGCUGGAAAAUCCCGAUUGGCGUCGUUCUGAUCAUCUUGUCGCUGCUGAUCGUGGUUUCUAUGCUUAUCACAAGCAUCGACAAGAUGGCACACUCCAAUUUCGAGCGUGGAUUCCUCUUGAACGCUCCAGAGUUCCCUAAUCCGAUGGAUCUGCUGUUGGUGCUUGCGUCGCGCGUCUUUCCGCUGGACUAUGUGGUCUUCGCAGUGCUCUUCGUGUACCUGUUCACGAUUUCGUUGAUUGUACUCAUGCGCCACGGUCUUCAGUUUUUGUGCUUUCGACUUGGACGCCUGCAGCCGCGCCUUACCUCUGCUGCCACGAUGACAAUGCUGUCGCUGGUGUUGAUGCAGCUUGCUAUGGUGGGACUGUUUGCGCUGCUCACUCUUGCGCCACAUCUGGAGGGCUGCAGACACAUUGCCGCAUGA